ACAGCACCGGCAACCACGUGCAGUGAUGGAGCUCCUGAUGUCGCCGGCGUUUGGAGGUACGAUGCUGUGGAUCAUCCUGCUGGGCGUCUUCGUUCUCGUCCGGGCGACUCCCAUCCCCUUACUGGACGAAUCUGAGGAGAUGGACGAGCCCUGUUUUCACCCCUGUUACUGCGAGGUGAAGGAGGGUCUGUUCCACGUCCACUGUGAUGCUAAAGGAUUCAACAACAUCAGCCAGGUCUCUCAGUCCUGGAUCAGACCGUUUAAGCUCUACUUACAGAAGAACAACCUACGGAAGCUCUACUUCAACAACUUCCUCCAUCUGAACAGCGCCAUCGCCGUCAACCUGGGGAACAACGCGCUGCAGGACAUCCAACCCGGCGCCUUCAACGGUCUCAGCUCCAUGAGGAGGCUCUAUCUCCACGAGAACAAGCUGGAGGUGUUCCGCAAUGACACCUUCCUGGGCCUGGACAGUUUGGAAUACCUGCAGGCCGACUAUAACGUCAUCCGGAGGAUAGAAAGCGGCGCAUUCCGACACCUUCACAAACUCAGGGUGCUGAUCCUCAACGAUAACCUCAUCCCCAUGCUACCGCCGCUACUCUUCAGAUCAGUGUCCCUCACCCACCUGGACCUGAGAGGAAACCGUCUGAAGUCCCUGAGCUACAGAGGAGCUCUGGAGUACAUCGGGAGGAACCUGAUGGAGAUCCAGCUGGAGGAGAACCCGUGGAACUGCGCCUGUGAAAUCGUGGAGCUGCAGGUUUGGCUGGAGAGGAUCCCGUACACGUCGGUGGUGGGUGAAAUCACCUGCGAGCAUCCGUUCCACCUGCACGGGAAAGAUCUCAGAGAGAUCAAGCGCACUGAGCUCUGCUCCACCAUCACAGACGCCCAAGUGGAGGUGAGUCUGGGGAUCCCUCAUUCACCUGGAAGAGCGAGACCGACCAAACCUUCAUCGAUGUUCUCCACAAACAAGAACAACCAGAACACGGUUCCGUCCGUGGAGCACAAGGAGAGACACCCGAAGCCGACAAGGAGGCCGAGACCAUCGAAGACUCCGCCGACGAGGAGCGUUCUCCCAAACCACCCGCCCAUCGCCGGGUAUGAAACGAGGCCGCCCAUCCCCAUCAUCUGCCCCAUUUCCUGCACCUGCAAACUGCACAUCAACGACCUCGGCCUGACCGUGAACUGCAAGGAAAACGGGCUGCGUAACGUUUCCGAGUUAACGCCACGCCCGCUCAACGCAAAGAAGCUGUAUCUGACCGGGAACCUGAUCCAGAGGAUCCACCGCUCAGACUUCUGGAACUUCUCCAGCCUGGACCUGCUGCACUUGGGGAACAACCAGAUAUUCUACGUUCAGGACGGCGCCUUCGUCAACCUGCCGAACCUUCGGAGCCUGUACCUGAACGGGAACAACAUCGAUAAGCUGACGCCCGACAUGUUCCACGGUCUGCACAGCCUGCGCUAUUUAUACUUCGAGUACAACGUGAUAAACGAAAUCCACCCGGCGGCGUUCAGACCCAUGCCUCUGCUCCAGCUCCUGUUCCUGAACAACAACCUGCUGCGCUCGCUUCCCGCCGGAGCCUUCGAGGGGACGUCGCUCGCCCGACUCAACCUGCGCAACAACUACUUCCCUUACCUGCUGGUGGGCGGGGUCCUGGAGCACCUGCACUCGGUGGUGCAGAUCGACCUCAACCAGAAUCCGUGGGACUGCACGUGCCAGAUCGUUCCCUUCAAACAGUGGCUGGACACGGUGAGCUCUGUGGUGGUGGUCGGCGAGGUGCUGUGUAAGACCCCGGACUCCAUGUCGGGGACGGAGUUACGCUCGGUGAGCGCCGAGACGAUGUGCCCGGAACUGGUGAAGCCGUCGCCGUCCCCGGACGAGCAGGACAUGACGUUCUCGCCGUCGUUCCCCCUGAAGCCGGUCAUCCCUCUGUCGGUGCUCGUCCUCAGCCUCAUCGUUCUCUUCAUAUCCUCGUUUUUUGCUGCCGCGGCUCUUUGCGCAUUCGUCAUUAAAAGGCGUGGCAAGCUUCCCUUCAGGAAGCAGGAUGAAGCAGGCUUGACAGGAAUCCAGAUGGAGUGUGGGAUAUUCACCGAAACGCAGUCGAAUCUCCCCGAAACUCCUCCAUCCAACCAUGUGUACGAGUCCAUCACCGGGCCCCUGUCACGUCCCUGCCGGAGCACCAUGUACGACCGCGACCGCCAGAACACCGAGCCGCCGGACGAACGCCAGCAGCGUGGAGCAGAUUCCUCACAGAGCGACUCCGCCUACAGAACCGCGCUGGAGAAAGAGGACGAGUGGGCGAGCGCGGUCGGCAGCGCCCCCAUCAGCACCGUGACCGACAUCGUGGGCUUCCACGGGAACGGAAUACUCUGUCCGACCGUCAUCGACAGCCAGGGUCCCACGCCCAAAGUGGGGCUGGUGCACAACCUGUUCGGGGCGACUUCCUGGCUCGAUGACGCCAACCCCAAGCAAAGACUCGCCGCCGAGGCAGACACGAGGACAGACAGAGCUAAUCAAACCCAGAGUGAGUACACGGAACUGGGAGCCAGACUCCAGACCACGCUGGAUUACGGUGACGCGCUGGAGCGGUCGUAUCAGUUCUGAAAAACGUUCAAACGUCGGAACUGAAUCUCUUCCAGAGUCGGACUUUCUGAAGACUGAAGGUAACGUUGCUC